AUGGCAGAGAGAAUCGACCAAUUCCAGGAUUAUCAAACAAAAUUAUCAGAAAUAUUAUCAAUGAAUCCAUUUAUAAAGGAAUUAGAGGAACAAGCUAAAACUAUUGAACAUUUACGUCAAAGAAUUGAUCAAUUAGAAUCAUCUAACAUCAAUCAAUCAAAUAUAUAUCCUUAUUCGAAUUAUCAAUCUAGUUUCAAUAAUCAUAUUGAUUCGACUGACGAUGAUUUAAAGGAUGAAAUAAAAUCUCUUAGAGAAAGAGUUUUUGAAUUGGAUGCGGAUUUAUUAAUUCAAAAUAAAGAAAAUACAGACGAUGAUUUUUAUGUAAAAUCAAGCAGAAUGCCUCUUAAAUCUAAAAGAAACAAUGUAACUAGGGAUAUUCAAAUACCAAUGUCACCAUAUCAUUCUGAUAAACCAAAAGAUAUACGACUCGAAGUUUUACCAGAAAUAUUAAAACCUGUAUUUCAUAAUAAUUCUCAAUAUAUUCCAAGUCAAAUUCAUAAACGUUCACGUUCAAGAAGUGAAACUCGUUCAUCUCUACCAUCUCAACCACAACCUGUUCAAAUUAAUACCCCUGUUUCACCCAAAAGACCUUAUUAUCAUCAAAAACUUACUUCCAAUAACAGUUCUGCAUCUUCCCAAUCAAUAAAUAAUUAUUUGUCUGAUGAUGAUAGUGAGGAUAAUAAGUAUGUUGGUGAACAAAAUAUUAUAGAACAUAGUUCAAAUAUCGAUCAGAGUAGAGAAGAAACCAUUACUUCACAUGAUGAUUUAUGUAAAUGUAAUAAGUGUGUUGCUGCUCAAAUGAGAGAAAUUGAGUUCUAUCGAAGUAAAUUGCGAGCAAACAGAUAA